GGCGAACACCCUAGUCCGGACAGUUGCGCCGGGAGCAGAAACUUGUGCCGGCGCGGCCACCGGUCCCCCCCGCGCCGCCGCGCGCACCCCGCCUCGCCAGCAGCCCCCCUCCCGGACAGUCCGUUCCCUUUUUUUCUUUUCUCCCUCUGCCCGGGGAGGAGCGGGACAACUCGGAGCGCCGGCUCGAGGGAGCGAGCGCGACCCUGGGCGCGGGUGUAAAUCAGUCACCUGAGCGCCGAGGGGCCGCGGCGAGGGCGCGCGCGGGCGGGUGGGGAGUGGCGCGGGCGGCGAGCGCGGCCCGGAGCGGCCGGGCGGGGGAGGGAGCAGGCCGAGCGGCGAGCUGAGGCGGCCGAGGGGCUGGUCCAGGCGCGGCCGCUAAGAGGAGACCAAGAGGCGGGGGCUGCACUUGACAACCAGCAUGCCGAGAUGGCACGUUUUGUGCCCUCCCCGCCUCCAAAUUGCCUCAGUUACAAAUCAGAGGGCAGGCUUGGUGAUCAAGACUGGCAAGCACAUUUUAAGGUCCCAUGCUGUGGGGUUGAUCCAUCUCAACUUGAGUCAGAAGAGGCAGAAGUGGAUGUGAGAGAAAGAGACACACAGAGAGACAGAGAGCCAAAGAGGGCAAGAGACUUGACUUUAAGAGACUCCUGUACUGACAACUCCAUGCAGUUCGGAACCAGAACAACUGCGGCUGAACCAGGGUUCAUGGGGACAUGGCAAAACGCUGAUACUAACCUCUUAUUCAGAAUGUCCCAACAGGCCAUCCGCUGCACAUUGGUAAACUGCACGUGUGAGUGUUUCCAGCCUGGGAAGAUUAACCUGAGGACGUGUGAUCAGUGUAAACAUGGCUGGGUGGCACAUGCCUUGGAUAAACUCAGCACACAGCACCUGUACCACCCCACUCAAGUGGAGAUUGUGCAGUCCAACGUGGUGUUUGACAUCAGCAGCCUGAUGCUCUACGGGACGCAGGCAGUGCCUGUGCGGCUAAAGAUACUGCUAGACCGGCUCUUCAGUGUCCUGAAGCAAGAGGAAGUGCUGCACAUACUACACGGCUUGGGCUGGACCCUGAGGGACUAUGUCCGAGGAUACAUCCUUCAGGACGCUGCUGGCAAGGUACUGGACCGCUGGGCCAUCAUGUCUCGGGAAGAAGAAAUCAUCACCCUUCAGCAGUUUCUGCGGUUUGGGGAAACCAAAUCCAUUGUGGAGCUGAUGGCAAUUCAGGAGAAAGAAGGGCAAGCUGUGGCUGUACCAUCUUCAAAGACAGACUCGGAUAUAAGGACUUUCAUUGAGAGCAAUAAUCGUACCAGGAGUCCUAGCCUCCUUGCUCACUUAGAGAACAGCAAUCCUUCCAGCAUCCAUCAUUUUGAAAACAUACCAAACAGCCUUGCAUUUCUGCUUCCAUUCCAGUACAUAAACCCUGUUUCUGCCCCACUGUUAGGGUUGCCACCCAACGGGCUGCUUUUAGAGCAGCCCGGACUGAGGCUGAGGGAACCGAGCAUUUCAACUCAGAAUGAGUACAAUGAGAGCAGUGAAUCUGAAGUAUCGCCUACACCAUAUAAGAGUGAUCAGACGCCCAAUAGAAAUGCCCUGACUAGCAUCACUAAUGUGGAACCCAAAACAGAGCCAGCAUGUGUCUCCCCCAUUCAGAAUUCUGCCCCAGUCAGUGACCUAAGCAAAACUGAACACCCAAAAAGCUCAUUCCGGAUUCACCGUAUGAGAAGGAUGGGGUCAGCCUCCAGGAAAGGAAGGGUAUUCUGUAAUGCUUGUGGGAAGACGUUCUAUGACAAAGGGACUCUCAAAAUUCACUAUAAUGCUGUUCACCUGAAGAUUAAACACCGAUGUACCAUUGAAGGCUGCAACAUGGUCUUUAGUUCCCUUCGAAGCCGGAAUCGCCACAGUGCAAACCCCAACCCCCGCCUUCAUAUGCCCAUGCUAAGGAAUAACCGAGACAAAGAUUUAAUCCGGGCUACAUCAGGAGCUGCCACUCCAGUCAUAGCAAGUACAAAAUCAAAUCUCACACUCACAAGUCCUGGCCGGCCCCCGAUGGGUUUUACUACCCCUCCACUAGACCCCGUCUUACAGAACCCUCUCCCAAGCCAACUGGUAUUUUCUGGACUAAAGACUGUACAGCCAGUUCCUCCUUUUUAUAGAAGUUUACUUACUCCAGGGGAAAUGGUGAGUCCUCCAACCUCCCUCCCUACCAGUCCCAUCAUUCCAACCAGUGGCACCAUAGAACAGCAUCCUCCUCCACCCUCUGAGCCAAUAGUGCCAGCAGUGAUGAUGGGCACUCAUGAGCCCAGCACUGACCUGGCACCUAAGAAAAAGCCUAGGAAGUCAAGCAUGCCUGUAAAAAUUGAGAAGGAAAUCAUUGACACUGCCGACGAGUUUGACGAUGAGGACGACGAUCCUAAUGAUGGCGGGACCGUGGUCAAUGACAUGAGCCAUGACAAUCACUGUCAUUCCCAAGAUGAGAUGAGCCCAGGCAUGUCUGUGAAGGACUUCUCUAAGCAUAACAGGACCCGGUGCAUUUCAAGAACUGAAAUAAGAAGGGCUGACAGUAUGACGUCUGAGGACCAGGAACCCGAGCGGGACUAUGAGAACGAAUCCGAGUCUUCAGAGCCUAAGCUCGGUGAGGAAUCCAUGGAGGGGGAUGAACACCUUCACAGUGAGGUGAGCGAGAAGGUCCUGAUGAACAGCGAGAGGCCUGACGAGAACCACAGCGAGCCGUCCCACCAGGACGUCAUCAAGGUAAAGGAAGAAUUUACAGACCCCACUUACGACAUGUUCUACAUGAGCCAGUACGGACUAUACAACGGUGGCGGGGCCAGCAUGGCUGCCCUGCAUGAAAGUUUUACAUCGUCUCUGAAUUAUGGAAGCCCUCAAAAGUUCUCCCCUGAAGGUGACCUGUGUUCUAGUCCAGACCCCAAAAUCUGUUAUGUGUGCAAGAAGAGCUUCAAAAGCUCCUACAGUGUGAAGCUUCACUACAGGAACGUUCACUUGAAAGAGAUGCACGUCUGCACGGUGGCUGGCUGCAACGCUGCCUUCCCCUCUCGACGAAGCAGAGACAGACACAGUGCCAACAUAAACCUGCAUCGUAAACUGUUGACCAAAGAACUGGAUGACAUGAGCCUGGACUCAUCGCAGCCCUCCCUUAGCAAGGACCUCCGGGAUGAAUUUUUGAUGAAGAUCUAUGGUGCCCAGCACCCUCUGGGGCUCGAUGGCAGGGAAGAUGCCUCCUCUCCCGCAGGGACGGAAGACUCCCACCUGAAUGGGUACGGGAGAGGCAUGGCAGAGGACUACAUGGUCCUUGACCUGAGUACCACCUCCAGCCUCCAGUCCAGCAGCAGUGUCCAUUCCUCCAGAGAGUCCGAUGCAGGCAGCGACGAGGGGAUUCUUCUCGACGACAUCGAUGGUGCGAGCGACAGUGGGGACUCCACUCACAAGGCCGAGGCCCCCACCCUCCCCGGCAGCCUCGGGGCUGAAGUUUCAGGAUCUCUUAUGUUCAGCAGUUUGUCUGGGAGCAAUGGUGGGAUCAUGUGCAACAUUUGCCACAAAAUGUACAGCAACAAGGGGACCCUGCGGGUCCACUACAAAACUGUGCAUUUGCGAGAGAUGCAUAAGUGCAAAGUCCCCGGCUGUAACAUGAUGUUCUCCUCUGUACGAAGCCGAAACAGGCACAGUCAGAACCCCAAUCUCCACAAAAACAUUCCCUUCACUUCAAUAGAUUAGUCCCAGAACGGACACUCCAAAUGCCAGCUCUCACCAGAUGGCCUACAUGUUUGAACUGCCAUAGCCAGUGUGUGCUUCCGCAGUGGGGCACAUAUGUGUGUGUACAUAUGUAUGCCUCUGUGUCUACACUUGUGCACACACAUACUUUCUUUUCUUUAGAUAAAAAUGAUAAAUACUAGGUGCUUUUGAAAUUUUUUUCUUUUUCCUUUAUAGUUUUGGGAGAGGGUGGAUCUUUUACUUGGGGUAAAAACAAGAGUGCCCUUUUCAGCACACACAUACACACACACAAACACAACACAACACACAAAGUGUGCAACUAACCCCAAUUUUGAUAGAAUAAUUCUUGGUCUUCUCCAAAGAGACAUUUUGUUGUACCUAUGACUGUUGCCUGCAAAAACAAUAAAUAAAUAAAUAAAAGGGGAAAAAAAGAGAAAAGAAACAAAAAGGAACUUCUUAUAGUUGUCUUUUGUGAACUUUAAGGUUUUGAGAGAAUCUUUAAUUAAAGCAUGGCAGAUUCACCUGUAAAUAUUUAGCCUUGAGAGGCCAAUGAUGUAAAGCAAUUGUAUUGAUGGUUGUUUAACUCUCCUUUAAUUUUGGCAGUUACAUCCAGCUGUUAGAUAUGCAGGAAAUAAAUAGUUUGCUGGCUAGUUCUAUUCAUUUUUGUUAGCAUUAAUGCACAUUUUCUUUAAAAAAAAACAACAAAAAAAAACAAAAAACAAAACAUGGUCUUGUUUUUACUAACCUGUUAGAUGUAGUGAUAAAGCUGUGCUGGCAUGCUUCACAGCACAGGUCUGAUUUCUUAAAAAUGUCCUGUACCAGUACGUAAAUCCCAUCAUGCACUUUGUUCAUACGCUAAAGGGGAUGUGUAAUACCCAUGCUUCCUUUUACCCGUAAACUACCGCCAUACUUCAAGGAGUAUCUUUCUUUUAAAAAAACAACCCACUGUAUGAAAAUGGUCUGGUCAGUAAAGGGCACAAAUGCCAAACAAAAAAAGUAUUAGUGUUAACACCAAACUGCCAACUUUGCACAAGUUUUCAGAAAAGAAAAUACAAUUAGUCACUCAACAUAACCACAUGCCAAUUCUUUGGCCACCAGAAAACCGCUUAAACACACACACACACACACACACACACACACACACACACACACACACGGUGAUUCUUUUGAGUGCCGAAUGUUAUUAGAACCAACAUUGCAUCCUUCCUCUGUACACGUUAAGUCCCAGAAAACAAAAUACCGCAGGGUGAAAAAGCCAAGGUGUUUCUUUGGUAGAGGCAGGAUAAUAUUUCGGGACACAGUAGCCCAGAUUGCUCACUAAAGGAACAAAGCUGCCUACAGUAAAAAAAAGUGAACUCACUUCCAAGGCCCCAACCCUUAUCCUUUGAAAAGAAAGAAAGCCCGAGCUGAUUGGUCUCUUGUUUGUCACAGUAGCGCUGCCAGUCAGGCCUGCUUAAUAGAGGAAGUCAAAGUUCCCAGCAGUUCUUCAUGGAAGCUCUGAAUGCCCCUGCUAACCUUGAGCUGAGCAGCCCCCUUCUCCAGGCGGCAGAAGACAGGGUCUCCCUGUGUAGUGUUUUGUGUUUUUCCCCAUGCAAAUUUGUCAGAGAGAAAUGAAAGCAAGCCUGAAACCUAGCAGUGGAGAGUGAGGACAAGGGUGGGUGGGGGACACUGCUCUGAACCUUCUUGUUUUGUUUUGUUUCUGAUGUUUACACAUGUUGCCUGAGCUGGUUAACCACAUCAGCAGCCUCGGCUACCACAGCAUACUGACUAAGUGAGGAUAUUUACUCAACCUCAUAGGUAGCCAGAACUGCUGGGGUGUGCUUGUGGACUGCGUUUGUUUUAUUGUCUUUUCUUAUUUCUUUGGUUGGGGGUGGGGUGGGGGAGUGGGGAGUAAACACUAAUAUUGUGUCAACCUACAUAAUAGAAAGAGAAUGUAUUUCUUUUCUUCAUUUCAUGGCCUCAAACAUUUCUCCCGUCCGUGUAAAACUUAGAAACACCCUUUGUUUCAAUUUUUCAUAUCAUUUCCAUUUUUCAUGUUUUGUAAAAAUUUUUUCUGUGUUCACAUCAGCAUUCACUUCCGUUACAUUUGCCAAAGGAAGCUGUCGAUAUGGUUCUGUUAUUAUUCCUGUGUGACUUAUUGUACCUCACAGUAUUUAUUUGUUGUUUUUUUUUUUCCAAAACUUAAGUAUCAUUCAUUUGGGGGUUCCAGAUAUUUUCUGUUUCUCAGAAUUUCUUAGCAGUAGACAAAUAGUGAUAAGCUAGGUGUUCCUAAAGCGUUAUCGUUGUCUCCUUCUGAGGAAGCCAUGGUUCGGCUUGCUUCUUCAUUUAUCCCACCUUGAGGAAAGUCCAAAAGCAUUUGCAGGGCAGCAGAAGCUGUCACACACAAUGUCUGUUAAAUGCCAAAUGUUUACGGUAAAAGCUGAGGAAUUAGUAGUAACUGUUUCUGUUUCCCUGUCCCUUUGGUUCUCCCAACACUUAGCUGCUUUGCUUUGUUGUCGUGUUAAACUGAACAAACGUGUCCCUUCAUUUUAUAAUGUACAAGACUCUGUACGGUAUGUUUGUGAAUAAUUGAACCAGAAUAAUGAACAUUUGUUUGCAAACAUUCGGCCCUCUUAGCGUUCUCUAUAUUGCUGCUCUGUUGCCCUGAUACCAAGUGCUGGAUUCAAAGAGGAUUGAAACACAUUGUUGCAAUCUCAGCAGGAAUUAUGGAAACUGUGUUUUGGAGUGUGUGUAGACUAAACCACACCUUGUUUUCUGAACACUAAUAAGGAUCUGUGUUUGAGCAACUUUCAAGUGUUACAUUCUUAGAAAUGUGAGAAAUCACCUCUACAAAAACUCAGUGUUUAGUCUGUUUAAGUGAAUGCCAGUAAAAUGUCAAACAGUGGUCCUGAGUGAGUCACCUAGCUGUCAGGAGGUCACAUCAGCCUGCAAACCAGGCUCAGGAGAAGCAUUUGUCACUUGCCACACACAUGGCUGAUGUCUGUCGCCAGGUCAAAAAGGUACAAGAGUAAUACCACUGAAGAAGUUGUUCUUGCUAGGAAACGUGAGUGUGUGGCCGUUUGACAGAAAUGGCGCUAAAAGCCAGGCAGCUGGCACUUUCUAUGUGUACCCUCUGAGCUACUACUUUUGUGCUUCACAUUCCCAAUUGUUUGGGUGGCCUUUUCACCACCACGUGUUCCAGUAUAAAGCCUAUUUGCUUAAAAAGAAUGGGGAAGUAGGUGGAUGCAGAUGAUGAGAUGGUAAACCGUGAGAUGUACAAUUGUACUCCCAAAGUAUGGCUUGUUCUUGGGUGUGCCUGUGUGCAGUGAGUUCACUAAACUGGCGUUUCCCCUGGACAGAACCUCCAGGGCUUACAUGCAGAUGAUGGGAUGAAAAGACCAGACAAGGUCUCCAUCUCUGUCCAUUCUGACAUGUUUAUUUGUUCAUAAAAAGUUUCCUGUCCCUAGACAGUUUCUAGCUACAGCCAUCCUUUUCUAGCUGACAAUUACUAUGAACAUGUGUUCAUCCAAGUAGCCUUCUCCCAUUUGAUUGGUUUUUUACCCAAGUUUUAUCAUGAGUACAGAAUUACUCAUACAUGAUAUUAGUUAUGCAUGUUCUCCAGCUGAUGUUGAAGUAUAUUGUUUUGAUCACUUUAAACUAUGUUUUUGUAAAUAUUAGAAAGGUUGUGUCCACUUUGGGGGAUAUCUGCAUGCUGUGGAGGGGAAGGAAGAGAGCAAGGAAAAAGCUGGAUAAUAAGUAAUCUGGCUUAGAAAAUGUGGUGAAAAACCCUGACACUCUCCUGCUGGUAAUUGUAUUGACAAAACAGAGUCCCAUGUAGCUCAUCCCCAGUCUUAGUUCAGCUGCCCUGGUCCUUCUGAUCCUUCUUAUGAUUUAAACAUACAAGCAUUUUCCUUCUCAACAUGACUAGCUUCUCUCUAGAUGUUAGUAUCAGUUACCUAGUGGUGUGACUUCUUUGGUCAUGCUUCCCAUAAGAGGAGGGAGAAAGACCUCUAGCCGCUUAUAGCCAGUUAGUGUAUACAUUGUUUCGAAAGGGAGGGUCUGAGUCUAUGAAGAAUGGGCUGGCAUGGCCCCAUUGGACUCAGGAGAAGUCAUACAUGCCACGUAAUAAAAUGUCAUCUUUCUCCUCUCCAUCUGUGUACUCUAUAGGUACAUGUCAGGCACAUAGAUGAGAACGAGGGAAGACCCUUGGCAGUUCAAACACAAACAAGCCAAUAGUCAGACUGAGAUGGACACAGCACACCUGAGCAGCCCUUGAUCACAUCUAGUCUGCCAGCAUUGGGUUAAAUUGAAUGACAGUAAAUAGAAUCCACCUGCCCUAAGACGUGUAGCAUCUGCUAUUGUAAAGGAAUAAGAAGCCCAGGAGAGAGAAGGGCUUCCAUCUGUGACCACACCCUGUCCUUCAGAGCGUUUUAAAAUUAUGACAAAUUUAAUUACUUUUUCUCCAAAACAGAAAUAUUUAAAUUAGUGGAUUUUUCUCUUUCUCUCCCAGUCUUUGUUUUUAGCAGGAGGGAUCUGAGUAAAGAGGGUGAGAAAAGGCAAAAUAAACAAAACACUGGCAAGUCGGCAGUUCUUGUAGAAGAGACAGACCUGACUCUGGUCCUGGCUUGAGUGUAGCUGGAAAUGAGAACGGCUAAUGCAUUACAAGUGUUUGUUCAGGAGAAAAAUCAAAGUCAGCUCUGCCUCGUAGUGGGUGCCAGCCGAGCACAUCCAUCCUCCAAUAUCCUGCAGAGUUCCCUGUGAUCAGGUGAGCCGCUGCAUACACCGUGGGAGGACUUAACGCUAUCUUACGUUCCUUAUGGGUCAGGAUAGGCAACAUAGGCAGGUGUGAGUUUGUUAUGAUUAUUAUUUUUGAGUGAGAAGUAAUGGCCAGGGUUCCCUUGGGACCACAAAGACAGAGGAGUCACCUCAGUUAAAAGGCCAGUGAGCAAUCCCACACUUCAGUGACAAUGAGAGAUGGAGAAGGUGCAAGUGCUCGCGCUCUCCAUGUGCUGCAGCAUCCUAGAAAGUUGUGAUCACCAAACCGUGUGGCUGAUGAUCUUGUGAUGAAAGUGGACGCUGAGGCACAGAGGUAACUAGGUGCAUAUUUCUCUAAGAAUUUUAACAUUCUUGCUCCUGACCUUGUUAAAAUAUAUCUGCUACGUGCUGGGUUCAUGUCCACCCUUCCUGUCGUUGCAGAGGGCUUACUCUAGUGAUGCUCCGUAACUCCCACUUUUACAGCCAGCAAGGAUGUCCUGUCCAUGCCCACGCCCACACAUUCAGCCUCCACUUAUCCUCAGUCUUCCCACAAUUUACACGAAACUAUUUUUGCAGCCUUCUGCAAUAAUUGGCUGACAGAUGAUGUCUUUUAGGGGGGUUAAUUUUUAAAAUUCCAAAUGCCUAAUAGCAGGACUUAAAAAGUUGGGCAUUUUUACAAGUACACCAAACUGAAUGCUGUUGUUUAUAUAUAUAUAUAUAUAUUUAUAUUUGAUAUAUAUAUCAUAUAUAAAACAUACAUUUGAAGCAGCACACUACAGUUAUCAUAGACUAUUCUUCUCCAACGUGUUCUUAUAAAUUCAUUUGACCUUUAUUGCAGGGCAAAAAAAAAAAA